AUGGACCCGCCACAGCCGCCCUCGCUCGCCCCGCCCAUCCCAACCGUCCAAGUCUCGCCCGCACCCGACUCGCCAUCCACCACACAACGACGACUCUCACUCGCUCCCACAGUCGCUUCCUCGGCCGGCGCAAGCGGGAGCGGGACAGACGCCGCACCGCCUUCGCCGACACCCUCGAACGAACCCCUCUUCAACCAGCGCACCACCACCAGCCUCAGGGACAACCUUGACCCCGACGGCAAACGCCGAGCAGUCGAAGCCGCUUCAGGAGGGUACCGCUCCUCGCACUCUCGCCGCCCUUCGCAGGCUCCGUCGUUCGCCUCGACCGUGCCCGACUCGAACGACGGCUAUGCUCCUACGCCGGCUACGUCGGGCGCCCGCGCUCCGAAGGACCUCGAGGCGGGACUUGAUGCGGCGGGCAAACCUUUGACCGCGACGGGCGACGGUCCGAGGGACGCUUCUUCCCCCGGGGUAGAAGACACCGCCCUUCCCGCCUCAGACGACGAAAAGAAGGGCAAAAUCCUCGGCAUCUUCCCUCGACGCGCGAAGAAACCUCGAGAGCUGUACACGAUCCACGACCCGCCGCCUGAAGAGAUGGACCCUUUCGCGCGCGAGUUGACGCCGUCGAACUUGUACAACCUCGUCGAUCCCAAGUCGUUCGAGCAUUUGCGCGAACUUGGGGGCGUGCAGGGGAUUUUAAGGGGGUUGAAGACGGAUGCGAAGGUGGGUUUGCGGGAGGAGGGAGUGGAGGGAGCAGUUGCGGAGGGUGAGGAUCGCAGGCGCGUCUAUGGAGAGAACAGGGUGCCGGGACGCAAGCCCAAGAGCUUUCUGGCGUUGUGCUGGGCUGCUUAUACCGACAAGGUCCUCAUCAUCCUCUCCGUCGCGGCGAUCGUCUCGCUCGCCCUCGGGCUCUACCAAGACCUCGGCACUCCCCCCGACACCUACUUCUCGACCGCGUGUCCGCCCACCAACAUGUGCACGCAGCCUCAAGUCGACUGGGUCGAAGGAGUCGCCAUCGUCGUCGCCAUCCUGAUCGUCGUCCUCGUUGGCUCGGUCAACGAUUACCAGAAGGAGCGGCAGUUCCAGAAGCUGAAUGCGCAGAAGGAGGAGCGGAGCGUCAAGGUGUUGAGGGGGGGCCAGGAGAGGCUCAUGUCGGUGUACGACGUCGUCGUGGGCGACAUCCUCUUCCUCGAACCGGGCGAGAUCGUCCCCGUCGACGGCAUCUUUCUCGGAGGCCACAACGUCCGGUGCGACGAGUCGGGCGCGACGGGCGAGUCGGAUGCGGUGAGGAAGGCGCCGUAUGACGAGAUUGAGGCUGAGGGAGGGAAGGGCAAGACCGACUGCUUCAUGAUUUCUGGAUCCAAGGUGCUUGAGGGAGUCGGCAAGUAUGUCGUCACGAGCGUCGGGAUGAACUCGUUCCAUGGCAAGAUCAUGAUGUCCCUCCAAGGCGAUACGGAAGACACGCCUCUCCAGCUCAAGCUCAACGCUCUCGCCGAGCUGAUCGCCAAACUCGGUUCAGCAGCCGGUCUCCUCCUCUUUUUGGCCCUCAUGAUCCGCUUCUUCGUCCAGCUCAAGACCAUCCCCGACCGAUCAGCGAACGACAAAGCCCAAGCUUUCAUCCAAGUCCUCAUCAUCGCCGUCACAGUCGUCGUCGUCGCCGUCCCCGAAGGACUCCCACUCGCCGUCACCCUCGCCCUCGCGUUCGCAACGCGCAGGAUGACCAAGAUGAACCUCCUUGUGCGCGUGCUCGGCGCGUGCGAGACGAUGGCCAAUGCGACCUGCGUCUGUACGGACAAGACUGGCACGCUCACGACGAACAAGAUGACUGUCGUCGCGGGGUCGAUCGGCGUCCACCUCAAGUUUGCGGAUCGCCUGGCGGAGAACUCGAAGCGCACCAACGCCAACGACGACCGCGACCCGGAGAAGGUUGUCGAGGAUGAGAAGGCGGCCGAGGAGGUGGCGGACCCGCAGCCUCGGAAGGGACGCCUCGACUUUUCAGCCGACAUGACCGCCAUCUCGGCGCAUGCUUCUCCGGCCUUGCGCAAGCUCCUCAACGACUCGAUCGUGAUCAACUCGACUGCGUUCGAGGGCACGGACGAGCACGGCGCGACGGGCGGUUUCGUCGGGUCCAAGACCGAGACGGCGCUCAUGUCGUUCGCCCAGGCUCAGGGAUGGCCGCACUACCGCGCUGUUCGCGAGGGAGCCCACAUCGUCCAGAUGGUGCCGUUCUCGUCCGAGCGCAAGUGCAUGGGCGUCGUCGUCAAGCUUCCGGACGGCAAGUACCGCCUGUACCUCAAGGGCGCGUCCGAAGUCCUCGCCAAGCUCUCGACUCGACACGUCACGGUCCAGGAGAACGGCGGCGAGGCAGGAUCGGAGGACGACGAGGUCCCGACGGCCGAGUUUGACGACGAGACCCGCGGCAACAUCUCGCGCACCAUCAUCUUUUACGCGUGCCAGUCGCUCCGUACGAUCGCCCUCUGCUCGCGCGAUUUCGCCUCGUGGCCGCCCAAGGGCGCGCAGACCAAUGCCGAGGGCGAAGUCGCGUACGAAGACAUGGCCGACGACUUGACCCUGAUCGCCAUCACGGCGAUCGAGGACCCACUCCGCGAGGGUGUCGCCAAAGCCGUCGCGACGUGCCAGCGCGCCGGCGUCAUGGUCAAGAUGUGCACGGGCGACAACGUCCUCACCGCCCGCUCGAUCGCGACUCAGUGCGGCAUCUUCACCAAGGGCGGCAUCAUCAUGGAGGGCCCGGUCUUCCGCAAGUUGUCCGACAGCCAGCGCCUCUCGGUCGUCCCGAACUUGCAGGUCCUCGCUCGCUCCUCGCCCGAGGACAAGAAGAUCCUCGUCGAGACCCUCAAGUCGAUGGGCGAGGUUGUUGGCGUAACGGGCGACGGCACGAACGACGGACCGGCGCUCAAGACGGCCAACGUCGGGUUCUCGAUGGGCAUCGCCGGUACCGAGGUCGCGAAGGAGGCAUCCGACAUCAUCCUCAUGGACGACAACUUUGCCUCGAUCGUCUCGGCCAUCAUGUGGGGUCGCUGCGUCAACGACUCGGUCCGCAAGUUCCUGCAGUUCCAGCUCUCGGUCAACAUCACCGCUGUUGUCAUCACGUUCGUCACGGCUGUCGCGUCUACGGAGGAGUCGUCCGUCCUCACCGCCGUCCAGCUGCUCUGGGUUAAUCUCAUCAUGGAUACCUUCGCCGCCCUCGCCCUCGCUACCGACCCUGCAGACCCCGAAUCGCUCGAGCGCAAGCCCGACCGCAAGACCGCGCCGCUCAUAUCUGUCCAGAUGUGGAUCAUGAUCAUCGGCCAGGCCAUCUACCAGAUCGUCGUCGCCCUCGUCCUCAACUUUGCCGGCCACCAGAUCCUCAGCCUCGACUCGUCCGACUCGGGCAAGCGCAUUGACCAGGACAAUGAGCUCAAGACCCUCAUCUUCAACGCAUUCGUCUUUUCCCAGAUCUUCAACAUGCUCAAUGCGAGGAGGCUGGACCGCAAGCUCAACAUUUUCGUCGGCAUCCACCGCAACAUCUGGUUCAUGCUCAUCUUCGCGAUCAUGGUCGGCGGUCAAGCGCUCAUCGUCAAUGUCGGAGGCGCCGCGUUCCAGGUCGUCCGCAUCGGCGGCAGGGACUGGGCGAUUUCGAUCAUCAUCGGCUUGAUCUCGCUUCCCAUCGCCGUUCUCCUUCGCAUGAUCCCUCCCGAGCCAGUCGAGCGCUUCAUGGUCCGCUUGCACCUCUACCCCGACCUCUCCAAGACCGACUUGCCGAGCGUCAACAAGGCCGCCGAGGAGUACAAGUGGGCCGAGGGUAUCCAGCGCGCCAUCGACGGCCUCAAGGUCUACUCGACCGUCCGCGGUGGACGUGCUCGCGCCACGAACAUUCUCAAGUUCCGCCGCCCGCGCAGCCGCGCCCAGCAGCUCCGUGCCAUGGACCUGCAGCCCACUCAUCUCCUUGCGAUGGUCCCGACGCUCGUCAUCGGCUCGGUCGGCGCAGGCUGGAGGCCGGAGAGCGGGUCGCUGGACGACCCCGCCGCUCACGACCCAAGCUUGUCGACGCAGCAGCUCGUCGAAAGAGGUCUCGGUCAACUCCAGCCGAUGUCGCCUCGCGGCGCCCACUCGCGCUCGCCGUCGAUGUCGACCACCUUGCCGCCCGUCAAGGAAUGA